AUGCCGGGGCCGCGCAGCCCUCCGCGGCCGUGCGGGAACCGCUCCGCGCACCCGUCCCCGUUGCGAUCAGCGCCGCCCAAGCUCCAGUCCCCUCUGGAGCUGCCAGCUCUGCCUGAGCUCGCUGUGACUAAGGGCUUUGAAAUCCCUCACCCUAAGGCAGCGUCGAAAAUGGGAUUUCAGAUGAUUGAGAUGGGGAGGGGGGGGUUGCUCUGCAACCCGCUGAGCGUGGCCUGCAGAGCCUUCUUUGGAUUCAGCGGAGAAUCGGGGCCCAUGAUCUACUGGAUGAAAGGGGAAAAAUUCAUUGAAGAAUUAGAAGGUCACAUUAGAGAAGGCGAAGUCAGACUCAUCAGAGAACAUCUCGGAGAGAAGGAAGUGGAACUGGCGUUGAUCUUUGAUGCUGUGGAAGAGGCAGACCUGGCAAACUAUACGUGCCACGUGGAAAACAGGAACGGGCGGAAGCACGCCAGCGUCCUCCUGCGCAAGAAAGAUUUGAUCUACAAAAUAGAGCUUGCUGGAGGAUUGGGAGCCAUCCUUCUUCUGCUUAUUUUGCUUGUGACCAUCUACAAGUGCUACAACAUAGAGCUGAUGCUGUUCUACCGACAGAACUUCGGAGGAGACGAAGCAGCGGACGACAACAAGGAAUACGAUGCAUAUCUUUCGUACACCAAGGUGGAUCCUGAUGCUUUAGAUGGUGAGAAUAAUGAUGAGGAGCAGUUUGCGCUUGAAAUCCUGCCCGAUGUCCUGGAAAAGCACUAUGGCUAUAAGCUCUUCAUUCCGGAUAGGGACCUGAUCCCUAGUGGAACCUACAUUGAAGAUCUCACAAGAUGUGUUGAGCAAAGCAGAAGACUCAUUAUCGUGUUAACUCCAGACUAUGUCCUCAGGAGAGGAUGGAGUAUUUUUGAGAUGGAAAACAGACUCCAUAACAUGCUAGUCAGUGGAGAAAUCAAAGUUAUUUUGAUUGAGUGUACUGAAUUAAAAGGGAAGGUGAAUUAUCACGAAGUGGAAUCUUUAAAGCACACCAUCAAACUUCUCUCAGUGGUCAAAUGGAAAGGACCAAAAAGCAGCAAACUGAAUUCUAAGUUUUGGAAGCGCCUAGUCUUUGAAAUGCCAGGGAAGAGAAAGGAGGUGGUGUCUCGGCGUCAGGUCCUGGAUUCUGCAGAACAGGGCCUUUUCGGAGACCUCCAGACUGUACCCUCCCUUGCUGUCACGGGCACUUCGGCCACGCUGGUAGAAUCGCGAGCCGAUUUGACUGAUUUCCAUCAGGCAGAUUCUGUGCAAAUGAGACACUAUUGCAGAGGAUACGAAUAUGACGUGUCAGCCGCGACAUUGCCAAUAGCUUCCAUAAGUAACCACCACACAUACUGUAACAUCCCCUUGACGCUACUAAACGGACAACUACCUCUUAACAGUGCCGGGAAGGAUCCCCAGGAGUUUCCCAGGAACAACCCCUUGCUACCUUUAUCUGCACAGGAGCUUAGCUUCACCAGCGAUAUUUGGUAGUGAAGAUCA